CACAACGAAGCAGGAUCAGACCUCCAGGGAGAGGAGACUGCCUGAUCAUGUGACCAGACAAAAUGGCGGACGAAGCGAUGGUAGACGGGGCAAGCAUCGUAGCUCAAUCGUUGAAGGCUCAGGGAGUGGAGUACAUAUUUGGUAUUGUGGGCAUACCAGUAACAGAGGUGGCUAUAGCAUGCCAGGCAGAAGGAAUCAAGUUUGUAGGGAUGAGGAAUGAGCAGGCUGCAUCUUACGCUGCUGGUUGCAUAGGGUAUUUAACAGGAAAGCCUGCUGUGUGCCUUGUUGUCUCAGGGCCAGGACUGGUACAUGCUCUGGCAGGGAUGUCCAAUGCCAAUGAAAAUGGCUGGCCACUGAUAGUAAUAGGUGGGUCUACUGAUGCUGACCAGGAGGGUCAGGGUGGAUUUCAGGAAUUUCCUCAGGUGGAAAGCACACGUAUCUUCAGCAAGUUCUCUGCUCGACCAAGCAGCAUUGAGAGAAUCCCUUUCUAUAUUGAAAAGGCAGUACGGUACAGUACCUAUGGCAGACCAGGUGCUUGCUACAUUGACUUAGCUGGGAAUCAGAUCAGAGGAACUGUGGCAGAGAGCGCAGUGUGGCAGUUGACUCCCUGCCCACCACCACCUAAAACCCUGGCUGACCCCAGCAGUGUGAAGACGGCCAUACAGGAGCUGAUGAGAGCUAAGAGACCACUGGUCAUUGUAGGAAAAGGUGCAGGAUACAGUGGAGCAGAGGGCUCUAUUCGUAUGUUCUUGGAGACAUGUGGGCUGCCAUUUUUACCGACACCCAUGGGAAAAGGUGUGGUAGCAGACGAACAUGAACUUUGUGUCAGCGCUGCAAGGUCAAGGGCUCUCUUACAAGCAGACGUUAUAUUGUUGUUGGGUGCCAGACUGAACUGGAUCCUUCAUUUUGGAAAGCCUCCCAGAUUCAGGCCAGACGUUAAAGUCAUUCAGGUUGACCUGUGUCCAGAGGAGCUUGGAAAUAACAUACGUCCAGUUACGGCCUUGCAUGGUGAUGUGGACUGUGUGGUCAGACAGUUUUUGGAAGAGCUGCAAAGGCUGCCCAGUGGUUUUAGAUUUGACCCCAAAUCUGAAUGGUGGACCAGCCUCAAACAGAAGAUUGAACAGAACAAACAGAAUUCCAAUAAACUAAUCCAGGACACAGAGAUUCCUAUGAAUUACUACACUGCUUUAGACAGGAUCAAUGCUCUCCUCCCCAAGGACUGUAUCAUAGUGAAUGAAGGGUCCAACACAAUGGACAUAGGAAGAACCAUGUUACCCAACACUUUUCCCAGGCACAGACUUGAUGCUGGCACUUUUGGUACGAUGGGAGUUGGGGUUGGGUUUGCCUUGGCUGCAGCCCUCUAUUGUCGAGACCACCAGCCUGGAAAGCGUGUCGUCUGCAUUGAGGGUGACAGUGCAAUAGGGUUUUCUGGAAUGGAAAUGGAAACUGUCGUAAGAUACAAACUGCCCAUCGUCUUUGUUGUCGUCAACAACAGCGGCAUUGGACAUGGCAUAGACAAAGAAACAUGGACUUCCAUGACAAAUGAGGAGGACCCCUGUAUUGCGAGUCCACCAUUCUCUUUAUCUCCCAUGGUACGCUACGAUCAGAUGAUGAAAGCGCUGGGGGGUGAAGGGUACCUUGCCAUGACCCCGGAUGAAAUCACCACGUCUCUGAGGAAAUGCCUGGACGAUAAAGUGAAGCCGUCCUUGGUGAAUGUUAUCAUCAGGGGGGAUGCUGCCAGAAAACAACAGUUUUUGGAAGAGCUGCAAAGGCUGCCCAGUGGUUUUAGAUUUGACCCCAAAUCUGAAUGGUGGACCAGCCUCAAACAGAAGAUUGAACAGAACAAACAGAAUUCCAAUAAACUCAUCCAGGACACAGAGAUUCCUAUGAAUUACUACACUGCUUUAGACAGGAUCAAUGCUCUCCUCCCCAAGGACUGUAUCAUAGUGAAUGAAGGGUCCAACACAAUGGACAUAGGAAGAACCAUGUUACCCAACACUUUUCCCAGGCACAGACUUGAUGCUGGCACUUUUGGUACGAUGGGAGUUGGGGUUGGGUUUGCCUUGGCUGCAGCCCUCUAUUGUCGAGACCACCAGCCUGGAAAGCGUGUCGUCUGCAUUGAGGGUGACAGUGCAAUAGGGUUUUCUGGAAUGGAAAUGGAAACUGUCGUAAGAUACAAACUGCCCAUCGUCUUUGUUGUCGUCAACAACAGCGGCAUUGGACAUGGCAUAGACAAAGAAACAUGGACUUCCAUGACAAAUGAGGAGGACCCCUGUAUUGCGAGUCCACCAUUCUCUUUAUCUCCCAUGGUACGCUAUGAUCAGAUGAUGAAAGCGCUGGGGGGUGAAGGGUACCUUGCCAUGACUCCAGAUGAAAUCACCACGUCUCUGAGGAAAUGCCUGGACGAUAAAGUGAAGCCGUCCUUGGUGAAUGUUAUCAUCAGGGGGGAUGCUGCCAGAAAACAACAGGAUUUCAACUGGCUCACCCGAUCCUCCAAACUGUGAACAUGCAACAGAUCAAUAGAGGGAGCAUGUACAAGAUGGUGCCAAAGAGCAUUUUUCCAUAAAUGAAUGAACCUUUGAUUUAAUAUGCACAAUAAUUAAUGACUUUUGAACAGGGAAUAUUGACUUACAUGAAUACUGUAAUUAUACAAAAGUCCUUCGUGAAUGUGAUUGUCACCAAGCACAAUAGCACAAAAACAGUAUUUAGUAUAAAUAGAAUAUUGAUAUAUAUUUUAAGGCUUAAGAUAUAUGUAUAAAAGAAAAAUCAAAUAGCAUUUAAUUUUUCAAAAAAAAAAUGGUUUUGCAUUCCUUUAAGGGUAGUUGAUGAACAUUUUUGUCGCAGAUAUAUAUAUUUUUUUCUAGACAGCAGCAAAUGUGCCUAUUUCUUACAUCAUAUCAUCAAAAAUGGUGAUGUGUUCCUUGUCUCAAGUUAAAGAGCCAAAGUGGAAUUUUGUCAACCAGCAAAUUUUGCUUAGCUAUGAAUCAUUGCUUGCUCCACCAUUGCACUUGGGUACAAUGAUUUAUACCAGGUCCAAAGCCAGUAAUUUCAAAAGUAGGGUUCCUCUUUUUAAAAAAGUGAACCUUUUUACCAUGAAGUUUCACCAGAAGGGACUUUCUCCCAUCAAAAUGGGUGGUUUGACCCCCCCCCCCUCCCUCCCACCCACUCCGGCUACUUGCCUGUUUAUCUUUUCUUAUUAAAUAAUUUAGUAUCUGGCCAGAUGAUUAAAAUGCCAUGUCUUCCUAACACUUCAAAAGGAAAUUUUACCAAUUAAAAUAGGUUCUUUAACUGAUUAUUAUUAAGGUCUGGAUUGGGAAAGAUGAGUAGCUUUGCUAGAUAUGUAGGCAUAAAAAAUUUCACUUUGUGACAUUUUCAAAUUAUUAUGAGAGAGAAAGGCUAUAGCCAGCUAGGAUAAAAUAACAUGGCUUAUCAAUUUAAGGAAGCAGUAUUAGAAAUGGAUAAACAGUCCAACACUCAUUUUUAUUUCACUUUAUAUCAUUUCUUUUGAGAGUCUUGUUUAUGUGAGGCUGGUAUUUGAUGGAUAACUUGAAAUAUUCACCAUUGUCUGUUGUUAAGUAGCUGUCAUGAAAGAAUCAUGAAUUGUUAAGUAAAUGUACAUUAUAUUGAGCAAAUGGACCAGACUUUUAUCAAAAAAGCCAUUAUAGUAGUAACAAUGGAUCAGGGAAAGCAACAGUAUUUUUUUCUGCAUUGGUUAACAAAUUCUUGUGAUGCAUAUUUUUAAAGAUUGAUGAUAGUAUUGCAAUAAAAAGGUGCUGCUAA